AUGCCCAGCAUGACGUCGAGCAAGUCCUUCCGGGCCUCCAUCAUACCCGCGUCCUUCUCCAUGCUGCGGUCCAACACUGAUCCUGAGUCGUCGACUCCUUCGUCCUCGGCCUCUUCCACCGCUGGAACUUCGACUUCGACAUCCCACGAUCCCCGCAAGAAGACCUGGCACAAGUCAAACACCGUCGACCUUUCCCAGCUGCGAGACAACAGCUCCAAUCCCGGCUCUGCACCCAAUUCCGACAAGAAGGACGCCGUACGACACGACGAUCAGAGCACCUCAAACGCUCAAGCUCACACUCGCUCACCCGAACGGCCCAAGACCCUCACUAAGCGCAGCAGCGGCGGGGACUCCAAUAAGUCGGCAACUCUGCCCAAGUCUCAGUCCACAACCAACCUACCACCUGCCAAGCAGCAGUCAAACCGAAAAUCUAGAUUCCGUCUCUCAUCGCUUCUCCCCUUGAUCACGCUGCCCUCGGAAUCCUCACCGGCUUCUCCCAAAAAGAUGCCAGCCAAGCAAGCAGCACCAGCGCCUGUGCCAGCGCCAACAACGGCACCACCUGCACCGCCAACAACCACACCAGCUGCGGCACCUCCACAACCUGAAGUACAACCACCACCCGUGCCAGUGCCAACACACUCCGUACCUGUGGCCGUUGCAACCGCCACGGCUCCCGCUCCCGUUGCCGCACCCUCUCCUGCACCCACCAAAUCUUCCUCUCCCACCAACACCUCCACCACCACUAACACGGUGACAACGGUCGCAACGGCUCCCACAACAGUCGACGACAGCCCAUCGUCCAGCACCCCGAGCAUCGUCGAGCCCACGGCCCACAUGCCCGAAGAGCAUCGCCCCGGCUUGGCCAUCACCACUCAGGAUCUGCACCUCCCUGGGUCUGGUGGUUCCCCGCCCAGCGAAGCUUCAAUUCCCACACGUGGGAGCGACAGUCUCGAGAUGCCUCAACCAAGCCCCAACCCUCAGAUCAUGGCUCCGAUCCCGCCAUCACCUGAGAUGCACCGGGCUGUUCUGGCUCCUCAGGAACCCAUGGUUCCCCCUCCCCCUCCUCCGACGGCUCCCGUGGAGCACUCUGGAAAGCUGCGCAAGGAGAACCCCGAUGCUCGGCGAAGGAGCGGCUCCCUCCAGCACAUCGCGAAUGGCGGCGAGCCUCCCGUGCAGGGCCUCAAGAAGCGGACGACAUCUCCUGUCCCCGAUCGCGGCCGUCGAUCAUCCUCUGUUCAGUCCCCCACCGUGCGCAACAGCAACAGCAAGAGCCGCGUUGUCUCGACGCCGCUUUCCAUCCGACCCAGCUCAUCCAAGGGCGAUGUUAGCCAGAGCCCGACCCGGGGCCGUCUCCGCCGAAGUUGGCUGCCCGGCGGAAGAUCCCGCUCAAACUCUGUCGAAGUUUCCAACGCAAACGAUUCGAGCGCCUGGGUCCUGUCCGACGACACACGAGCCGAGUACAAUGUCUCGUUGCUCAAGAACGGAGAAAAGGUCCCCGAGCUCUGGAACGAGAGCGGAGCUGUGCUCGUUUACCUGUACCCAAAGGGUAGCGGCCAUGGACCGUCGUUCAAGGUCCAGGAAUUUACCAUUAGCUCGUCCUACAUCUUCAAUGAACUCAUUCAGACAGAGCGAGAAGCGCCCGCCGGUCGAAGCCGAGCUAGGAGCUUUGGUGGCCGUGAUAGCCUGACUGCCGAAGACGCGGCCCGAUACCUCUCCCCGCCAAACUCACCCCCCGUCCCUGACGAUGGAUACGAUGACCUUCGCCUCUAUCUGCCUACGGCCCCGCCUACUAGCUCCGGGCAGCUCGCGGCGCCUGGCCCCGGUGCGCAGCCGGACCUCGACCGACUGAUCGGUAUCCGAAAUCUGUUCGCCUUCUUGACCGGACAGCCUCUGGUAGCAACCAAGACUCGACCUACCAACUUCCACGCUUUUCUUCAGAUCGCCGCGCUCCUGGAGGAGUUUGGCUUCGUGAGCUUCGAUGGGGCCACUUUUGGAGAUGCGGUCGACCUCAGCUUCGGCUUCUACAUGGACCAGCACGCUCUUGCGGACUGCCGACACAGCAGGGAAAAGACACUGGAGGCAUUGAUUCUCGGCGAGCGCAUGCGAUCUUCGGAUCUUUACAAUGAAGCAUUUGCUCAUGCUGCAGGCAAGUACGCUGCGAUUAUGGAGCUCCGACUGCCCCUGUUCGAGCAGGUUUCGCCCAAGACUCGCGUGAGCCUCGAACGUGCCCAUUUGGACCUGCUCAACCGACAGCACAACGCCAACCAGCACCUGGAAAACUUUGACUUCCCGGCCAUCUUUUCUGGCAUCGCCAACUCAACCUCGAUGGCGGAACUCAGGCAUGUGCGCUUCAAGGUGUGGAAGAACUCUUUCAGCAAGAUGCGACACUUUGUCAUGAGCUACUACAAACACACGUUUGGUAACUGGCCUCCCAAGGCCAGCAGCAAGAAGAACCCGUUCGCCGAAAGCGGACUGAACAGACUGGUGCUCAAGGUCCUGUACUCGGACAUGUGUGCGUUGUAUGACCUGAUUGUGGACCGAACCAACCGCACAUCCAGAGUUAUGGACGAGGUGCCCGCUCUUUCUGAAGAGACUGACAAGAUGAUCAUGUCGGCUCUUCGAAACAUCAUGUCUGAGUUUGAUCGCUCAAAGCCACCCGUCCUCCCUCCCGUUCCUUACGACUGCCCCCAGCUGCCCGUGGCCACCUCGAUUCUGGAGACGUAUGACACGCUUCCUCCUAAGAAGCAGGCCAAGUUCGACAAGAACAUCAAGGAGCACGAGCUCAUCCUCAUCCUCAACAAGGCGUACAACUACGAUACCAACAGCAUCAAGGUCCCCUUCCUGGACAAGUUCAAGGAAUUUGAGUUGCGAGAGGCCCGAGGCAAGACGCCACUGGACUUUGCUGAUCAACGCAUUGGCUACUGGCUCUUCCUCUACACGGUGAUUCAGUCGCUGCCUGUCCUGGUGGUGGACGCCCCAGGCAUGCAGUUCACGGAGGGAGUCGAGUACUUCCUUUGCGAGCCUCCCAUGGGCAAUCCCCCGUGGAUCGGAGACCAGCAGGUCAAGAAGAUGUGGUAUGAGGUGGCUGGAGGAGGUGGCCUGGUGGAGUUGUCUACCGACGCGGUUCUCUUUAGUGUGGAAGCCACCUACCACCGAAGUCACUGCUGGCUUGCUGCUGCGCAGUGGGAUGAGAAUGGCGGUUCAGCGCUCCCGGUACAGGCGACGGAGCCCCCUCUGUCACCGCUCGAGCCUCCUCGCUCCAUGUUCUUGGACGGCGACGACUUUGUUCCCACCCCGCCCCCAUCUUUCGGCGGACUGAACACUCCUCCCUCGCCUAUGGGUAGCCCCCAGGCUGCCCUGCGACCCAGAACACACUCUCCAAGCGGAAGCCGAGCCAACCAGGCCUGGCGAUCCAGCAUUGCCCUUGGUCUUGAGCCGGUGCCUCUCCAGCCCCCGAGCCCCUUUGGAGAGCGGAGCAGCUCCCUGGGAGGACGACCUGCUAGUGUCAUGCUUGGCUCGAGAAGCCAGUCUGUCGGCAACCUGGCCGCGCUGGGUAACGCUCAUGGCUCCCAACAGGAGUCUCCUCCUCCGGAACCAUCUGGAGCCACCUUUGACGACAUCUUGGGUAACGAAGACAAGAAGCCAAAGAAGAAGAAGGGAUUUUUCUAA